CGAGAAGGAAACCUUCGUUCAUCCUUUAUAUUAUUCCCAGCUUCGUUCAGCUCAAUUUUCUUAACCUAGGUCAGGAUUGCUGCAUCGAUCCACAAAUUGUGUUUCUCUAUUGAUUAUUAGGAAUCUCUGUGUUCGAUUUCCCCCAUCUUCGGUUUGAUUCAAGCAUUUUGCUCGAUCGCUACUCGGUUUCUAGGGUUUUUUAGCCAAUGGCGCCUGCGGAACCCAACAGCGGCGGAGCGACCAAAGAGCAGCCUCCGGUCAAGGCGCCGGCGAAGGACCUGAAGAAGAAGGAUGAGAAGAAGGACGAAGAUCUAUCGGAGGAGGAUUUGGCAUUGAAGCAGCAAUUGGAGCUGUACGUGGAGAGAGCACAGGAUGCAGAUCCUGGAUUGCAGAAAGUUGCGCUUGAGAGCAUGCGGGAAGAAAUUCGUACUGCAACCAGUUCUAUGACUUCAGUGCCCAAACCACUGAAGUUCUUACGUCCUCAUUAUGGAACCCUACAGGCACACUAUGAGAAGAUGUCAGAUUCUGAUUUGAAGAAACUGCUUGCGGAUAUACUCUCUGUUUUGGCCUUGACAAUGUCCCCUGAAGGAGAAAGAGAGAGCUUGAAGUACAGAUUACUUGGUUCUGAUGGUGAUAUUGGUUCUUGGGGACAUGAGUAUGUCAGAUACCUUCCUGGACCAGAUGACAUGUUAGUUUUGGAUAUUGCGCACUCUAUCUAUAUGAAAUUUGAGGAGUAUCCAAGAGCACUACAGAUUGCAUUGUAUCUUGAUAACUUCCAGUAUGUGAGCGAACUUUUUCAGCGUUGUGUAGAUCCUCUCAAAAGGCAGCAGUUUUGCUUCAUCCUGGCACGCCAUGGCGUUUCGUUUGAACUUACUGAGAGCAUUAUUGCAGACGAUGAAGAAAGGGAAGCUUUGCAAAAUCUCAUCAACAAUACGAAGUUGAAUGAAGGCUAUCUAACACUUGCUCGUGAUAUUGAAGUCAUGGAGCCGAAAUCUCCUGAGGACAUAUACAAGGCACAUCUAAUUGAAGGCCGUGGUAGUGGUGGGGGAACUGUUGAUUCUGCCAGACAGAAUUUGGCAGCAACCUUUGUUAAUGCUUUUGUAAAUGCUGGUUUUGGCCAGGACAAGUUGAUGACAGUUCCAGCUGAAGCAUCUAGCGGUGGUUCCUCCUCAAGCUGGCUCUUCAAAAAUAAGGAACAUGGAAAGGCCAGUGCUGCAGCAAGUCUGGGCAUGAUUAUGCUUUGGGAUAUUGAUUCUGGACUUGCACAACUGGACAAGUAUUUCCACGCUAGUGACACUCAUGUCGUAUCUGGCGCAUUACUCGGAGUCGGGAUUGUAAACUGUAACGUAACGAGUGAUUGUGAUCCUGCAUUGGCUCUAUUGGCAGAGUAUGUGGAAAAAGAAGAUGCUUCGAUUAAAAUAGGUGCAAUAAUGGGUCUAGGUCUUGCACAUGCAGGUUCUCAAAAUGAGCAAGUACGUAGCAUAUUAAUGCCCCUCCUCCUAGAUGGAAGAUCAUCUGUUGACGUGAUUGCAUUUGCUGCUAUUGCAUUGGGCCUAGUAUAUGUGGGUUCAUGUAAUGAAGAUGUUGCCCAGAACAUUGUACUUGCUUUGAUGGAACGAAGUGAGGCAGAAUUAGGGGAUCCCUUAGCUCGUUUCUUGCCUUUGGGCCUUGGUCUACUUUUCUUAGGGAAGCAGGAAAACGUUGAGGCUACAGCUGAGGUUUCAAAGACAUUUAAUGAAAAAAUUCGGAAACAUUGCGACAUGACCCUGCUAUCAUGCGCAUAUGCAGGAACUGGAAAUGUUCUAAAGGUGCAACACUUCCUUGGUCAGUGUGCACAACAUCUUGAGAAGGGCGAAUCCUACCAGGGACCAGCUGUUCUCGGAAUUGCUAUGGUAGCAAUGGCUGAGGAACUUGGGCUUGAGAUGGCCAUUCGUUCACUGGAGCAUCUUUUGCAAUAUGGAGAGCAGAACAUUAGAAGGGCUGUCCCGUUGGCUCUUGGUCUCCUUUGUAUAUCCAAUCCUAAGGUCAAUGUCAUGGACACAUUAAGCAGGCUCAGUCAUGAUACAGACUCAGAAGUUGCGAUGUCUGCCAUGAUUUCUCUGGGUUUGAUCGGUGCUGGAACCAACAAUGCCAGAAUAGCUGGAAUGCUUCGCAAUCUGUCAAGCUAUUAUUACAAAGAUGCUAGCCUUCUCUUUUGUGUCCGCAUUGCUCAAGGUCUUGUUCAUCUUGGAAAAGGGUUGUUGACUCUUUCUCCUUAUCAUUCGGAACGUUUCCUGAUGUCACCGACUGCACUCGCUGGACUUGUGGUUAUGCUUCAUGCAUGUCUUGAUAUGAAGGCUCUCAUCUUGGGGAAAUAUCAUUACGUUCUAUACUUCCUCGUCCUGGCCAUGCAGCCAAGAAUGCUACUGACUGUGGACGAGAACUUGAAACCACUUUCUGUACCCGUCCGUGUUGGCCAAGCUGUUGAUGUCGUCGGCCAAGCAGGUCGUCCCAAGACCAUAACAGGUUUCCAGACCCACUCAACUCCCGUCCUUCUGGCCGCUGGUGACAGAGCAGAGCUUGCAACCGAGAAGUAUAUUCCCCUUUCUCCCAUACUCGAGGGAUUUGUAAUCUUGAAAGAGAACCCAGACUACAAGGAAGAGAGUUAAUGCCGACUAGGCUGUCGUAUCAUACACGGGUGUCUGUCACGAUCAACUGGUUUAAACUUUCAACGGUGCAGAACCGUGCCUCUAGUAAGAGGCAUGGAUGAGCAAAAUGGCGAUGGGUCACGAUUCGAUGCUAUAUUAUGUUUCGUCCUUUUUGAACAGAUUAUAUGCUCCCGUCGUUGUAAAUGUAUCCGUCUCCGACGAAGAACGUGAUUCGUUUGUGUUCUUCUGGGUAGUUCUUGUGUUAUUUUUCAACCCUAUGAGGAUUAUAUUUGCUUGUUAGGAACUCAUUUCACUACAUACUUUUGAUAAGCGUAAUAUGUUAAUGAAUAUUUCGUAAAACUAAUGUUAUGAAUAUUUCGUAAAGCUAA